AUGGAUGAGAUUGCAGAUAUAGUCCGACAAAUUGGCCGGCAGCAGGGCGAGAAUGCUUAUUACCGCGCAUGUUACGCCCUACUCAAACGCUUGCAAGAGUUGACUACUCACGCAUCAAACGAGUUGCUUCGGCUUCACCAAUUUGGGCCACUCGGUUCGGAAUACCAGCUUCAGUCUGCGUAUGAAGUUGUGCACGAACUACGGAAUUCGGCCUAUGAGCUGAUUGAUGAAGCCUGCAAUGCCCAAGCAGCCUGUGAGGAAUUUUGCCGGGUCGACGACCGCUUUUCGGCAAACGCUAUUUUCCGCUCUGCACAUUGGCCCCAGAUGACCGACCGAGGUCCAGGCUUUAAACUUCAGAGAUAA